AUGGCCACCUUACUACGGUCGCAAACGCCCGUACAAGACGUAUACGGCGGCCCCUCGCAAGCCCCCGAUUCCGUCAUCUCCAGUCGGGGUUACGGCACGCGAUCAGGCUCCCGACCCAACUCGUUCGCCGCCAGCUCCUCCGGUUACAACCUCGCCCACGGCGCUGUCGUGGAACCGUCCGCCCUUCCUCGUGCCGGUCGCUUUCACGAGGAUUUCGAUGCAGCUACUCAACGCGGCUCAGUCGUCCUCGAGGGUCCCUCGUCCGCCGGUAUGCAACGUUCCGUCUCGCAAAUGUCCAGUCGCUCCGCAACCCCGACGCGAUCCGCCGCCGGCACGCUGAAGAAGAAGUCAUCGCUCAGCAAGCGAGGUAGCAUGCGCCGCAGCGGAAGUAAGCGCAGCUUGCGCGCCGGCAGCGUGCGCAGUCUAGUCCUCGGCGAUAAGGAGAAAUACGGCGUCGAAGGCACCGAUGAUCAAAACAGCGCCUUCUAUAUCCCCGUCCCCACGGACGGAACGCCAACCGAGGUUCUGGCGAAUCGAUUUCAGGCGUGGCGCAAAACUCUCAAAGACCUGAUCCUCUUCUUCAAGGAAGUCCAGAAAUCAUACGAAGCCCGAGCGAAACUAUUCCUAUCGGCAUCGAAUGUCGUCAACAAUACAUCCCUCCCUCCCACAUUCCUCAAAUCCGGAGGUCUAGGAGAUGCGACCGAGAUCCUGCGAGACUUCCACCGACAAGGCUAUCUGGAAGCAACAAAGGCUGCGGAGGUGGAGAGCGAGGUUGUCAGUCAGCUUAUGGGUCUCCGGAACGACCUGCAGAAGAAGACCAAGGAAAUCAGGAGUCUGUCGGGUGAUUUUCGGAACUCCGUGGACAGGGAAGUCGAGGCCACCCGAAAGUCGGUGCGGCAGCUGCACGAAUCGCUCGGACUGGUCGACACCGACCCGUCCGCUACCUCGGGCAAAGGAGACCCUUUCAUCAUCCGAUUGAGUGUUGACAAACAGAUCGAGAAGCAGAUCGAGGAAGAGAACUACCUGCACAGGGCGUUCUUGAACUUGGAAAAUUCCGGUCGCGAGCUAGAAUCCAUCGUGGUUAGCGAGAUCCAGAAGGCCUACAACGCAUAUGCCAGCAUUCUUAAACGGGAGGCGGACGAGACGUACGACACCGUCAACAAACUGCGAGCGGGGCCGAUUUCUAUGCCCCACGAUCACGAAUGGAAUUCGUUCAUUGCCACGACGGACGAGCUUGUCGAUCCUCGAGUUCCUCUUCGAGACGUGGAGAACAUUUCUUACCCGGGCAAGGAUCAUCCCGCUGCUGCAGAAGUUCGGUCCGGCAUGCUCGAGCGUAAAAGCAAGUACCUGAAGAGCUAUACGCCUGGCUGGUAA